AUGUCAGAUGACUGGUGGUCAGAAGCAGGAGACCCUAAGGCUACGAGACCUUCUGGUGAAGACGAGAACGAGAACCCUGCAAUUGUCGUAGACCAUGGCGACUUGCACGAAGCUGCGCAGGGAGAUCGGAAAGAGGAGGAUGACAUAAGCACGGAUAACCACGUGACUCAGCAGGCUUCAGGCGCGCUUCCGUGGCUCGACUUUGCUUCUCAACUCAGUGCAGGACCGGCUUUCGUCUCCUCGACCUCGUGUAUCGCGUACGCCGUCUCCAUCUUGCCUAGCGACGCAUUCAGUUAG